AUGGGCUCGCUUCUCAGCACCUCUCCAGAGGUUACGCAUGCACGCACACGACGCUGGUUUAUUUUGGAACGGAACCUCGGUGCGUCGACAUACGCAUCCCGAGUUCGCAAGCAAGAGGAGGCCGUGAAACAAGCAGCAGCAGGUUCCAACCAGAAUCGCCGUCGCGGACCGCCCCGGUCGCCCCCGCCCCGUUUUAGCGACUCCAGCAUGCGGCAUCCGCGGUCGCUGUCAUUGCUGGUGGUGGCGGUGGUGGUGGUGCCUCGCUCUUGCGCCACCGCUCCCGCCUGGUGUGUGGCCGCCUACAUACUUGAGGUAUCUGCGCAUCUGGAGCUUCUCUUCUGCUCGUUCAGCUGUCGUUCGACAGACCUCUUUGGAGGGCCGUGUGUGCUGCUGUAG